AGCAGACGGGCUCGAGCUUAACAUCUCUUAAUAUUUCCCAUUACUAGAAGAAGCUCAAACGCGUAUUUCUCUUGUAUAAAUAAAAAAGGUAAACUUUUCACACACUCCUUUUGGUCGUAACAUCGGUAUUUACGCCCGGCGACAUUUCUUCGGUUGAACCGGCUGUAAAUCGUGUGGAAUAUUAGCGGAGGUGUAGGAUUGAAGUUUCCAUGACAUGCUUGUAUAAACUGCAAACUGGACAGGACUUGUUCUAAAGUAUUUGGCUGACACAUAGUUUUUACAGUGUCAUGUCCCACAGAGCUUUGAGAUGAACUUUAUCCACGUACCACAGAGAGGGAGGAGACUUGCUCUUGGAUGACGUCAUUAGUGUUGUGCUGCCACACGGCGGCAGACUCACUAUUUCAUAUGAUUUUAUUUAAAGAAAAUUGCAGCAUGGAGAUGCUCUAGCAAGUGAUGGAGUUAAUCGUCAACAGAGACUUUUGAGGCCAAUGUGUCAGUGAGGUUGGGUUUGUGUGCAGAACACACCGACGUCAGGAAUCAUGGCUUGUACGACACAGACUGCCUUAGAUUAUGUCACCAAUGCCAGAUGUAACCUGGUGGGAGAAUUAAGGGGUCUCUCUGUGAUCCUGGAGAACUUGUAUCAGCAAAGAGUUCUCAGUGAUGAAGCUGUCAGCAAAGUACAGGCAGAAAAAGACGACUAUGAUAAAAACAGAACAAUGCUGGACUUUGUCAUUCAAAGUGGGGAAGAGGCCUGUUACAAGUUACUCAAGAUUAUUUAUAUGACGAGGAAGAGGAAUUUACGGAGGGAUGAAGCUUCUGGUGAGACCAGAAGGUUUGACCUGCACCACUGGAUCAGCUGCUUUUCUUUCAAGGAAGACACAGAAAUGGAUGAAAACUAUUUACAAGGACCAAAGCCGUGUCACAGAUAUCAGAAAAAGUUGAAGUCAAAAGCUCAAAAAAUAUCAAAGGAGUUCUGGACGUCCAGUAAAACUCUUUUUGAAGAAAACAAGAAGCCUGUCCUGUCUUACACUUCACUUGUAUUGGAAACACAAGGGAGGAUUGCUCCUUCAAAAAUAAAGAAAUUUAAGAGCAAGAAGAGCAGGAUGUGUCGUCCUAAAAAGCUCAGGACAUACGUCCCUGAGAACAAACUAGAAAUCUCUCCCAGUGACCUGCUGAAAACACAUAAAAACAUACUGUUAGUUGGGAAACCUGGAAUUGGAAAGACAGCACUGACUCUUGAGUUGUUGAGACUUUGGUCAGAAGGAGACAGGAAGGAGCUGGAAUACAUGUUUUACUUUGACAUGAGGGAAACGGAGCCCAUCACAUCAGCCAAGAACUUAGAAGAUCUUCUUUUCAGUUUGUACAGUGAACCAGAUGAAGGCAAAGAUGAGGUCUUACAGGACAUCAAGACGAACUCUGACAAUGUUAAAAUCAUUUUUGAUGGACUCACAGAUCUCUCUGUAUCAGUUGUUCAGAGACUCGUAAAAAAGGACCUUCUGCCUGAUGCAAAGAUCAUCAUGACUUGUAGACCAGAUGAUGAAGAUGAAGAUUCAUUGCUUGAGGAGUGUCUCAGAGUGGAGGUGCAAGGCUUUAGUGAGCAGACCAUAAAAACAUACUUGUCUGCAACGCUAGGCGAAGAUCUGGAGAAGGUUCUGAGCAGUGUAGAGUUGUUAACUCUUUGCCACGUCCCCAUGUAUGCACUGAUGGUGGCUGCCUGCUUUUCAUCAGACGACUCGACACAGCCAAGGACCAUAACAGAAAUAUACAUCCAUAUUGUUCGUUUUUGUCUUAAGACAAACAACAAAACAAAAACCAAACAUCUGAAUUCCUUCAUCAGAUCCAGGAGUAAAGAAAUCCUGUCUCUGGCUGAAACUGCUUUUCAUGCAACUCAGAAAAAAAACGUGAACCUGGAGAAACUGGUCUGUGAAGACAGCUGUGUCCUUUCCUUCCUGAAAACACUUGAUAUAAAAGUUGACGUUACUGAAACAAUAACUACACAUGCAUUUCUCCACUACACAGUUCAGGAGUUUUUUGCAGCUGUGUGGCUUUUGAAGAAUCCCGAUAACAUCAGGGAUGUUUUUCAGCAGUGCCUCACUGAGGAGCAGAAACACAUGAAACAUCUGAUUCCUUUCAUGUGUCGAUUGAUGAAUGAAAAGAGCCCCAGUUUGAUGAGCUGUCUGAUUCCAGUUGAGGACAACAACAAAACAUCUAAGUGGUUCUUUAAAGAGAUGAUUACAACAUUUUCUGCGUUGGCUGGCACUGAGGACAGUCGGCUUGAUGAUGACAUACUGUUCUUAUGUCAGUGCUUGUAUGAGUACCAGUGUCCUGAAGCAUGCAUCUACCUUCUGGAUAAACUGGAUUUCUGUCUUGACCUCAGUGGAGAGAAACUGGAUCCUUACACUUGCUGCGCCGUGGCCUAUGUGGUCACUCAGUCAAAGGAAAGGAAGAUAUGGCUGAACCUUGAGGAUGUGACAGUAUCAGAAGAAGGAAUGAGACGACUGUUUGGAUGUCUUGAAAACGUGCAGUGGUGUGACCCUCUGCCACAGCAGCUGUGGAAGAUUAACCUUCUCAUUGGAGGACAAAUAGAUUAUGUAACCUCACUUGGUUUGGAUGGGAACCAGUUGCACCUUCCAGUGGACGGAAAAUCAUGUCUGUUUGAAAGAGCUGUGAAAAUUAUACAAAGGAUGACUGCAAAGGUAAAUGUCUGCCUUCACUGGGACCGAGAAGGUCCUGUCUGCCAGAGUCUGUCUGAGGCUCUCUUUGAGGUUUUACCAAACAUCAACUCACUCAGUUUCAGGAGGACCUCCAGAGGUCCAGGUUCAAGCAACCAAGAGAAGUCUAAUGAGACUCUGGAAAGGGACCAGAAAGAAUUAUUCCUGGAUUUAUGCCUCAGAACAGCACUUUGUGAUAAACAAAGAUUUCAUGAUGUAGUAAAUGUGCUCCUGUCAUUUUUUCCCAUUAAAACAGACUUUACUAACAUCCUUCUGGAUUUAUAUCAGCAUGUCAAGAGCAAAAGCAAUUUUAGUCUCCUUCCAUCAAUACAGUCAGUUUUCCAGUCAGGUCCUGCAGUCUGGUACAUAAAGCUCUCAGAGAGAAAGACCUCCAUCCUCCUGGAAGUGCUGAAACUCCAAUCAGAGAAGAAACAAGUGAAGCUGACAGACUGCUCACAUGAAGAGAGAGAAGUGAGAAGUUUCCUACAGUGUCUGCCUUAUAUCUCACAGCUCAGUUUGGUUCCUCAGAGGUCAGAUCUUCAAGAAGAAACCAGGUUGUUUGUGAAUCUGUUCUGUGCAGCAGCAGAGAGAGAACAGCAGACAGGAGAGAAGAUACUGAAGCUGUUAUCAUCAGUCUGCUCAUAUCAAUCAUUCACUUUUCAUGAGAUAUACAUGGAUGAUGAUGAUUUAAUUGAAAAUCAGUGUGAUUUCCUGCUGGAUCUGUACUCCCAGAUGAAGGACUGUGAGACUAAAACAGGCCUGAGUCUCCUUCCAUCCUUGCAGUCAGUUUUCCAGUCAGGUCCUGCAGUCUGGUCCAUAAAGCUCUCAGAGAGAAAGACCUCCAUCCUCCUGGAAGUGCUGAAACUCCAAUCAGAGAAGAAACAAGUGGAGCUGACAGACUGCUCACAUGAAGAGAGAGAAGUGAGGAGUUUCCUGCAGUUUCUGCCUUAUAUCUCACAGCUCAGUUUGGUUUCUUGGACGUCAGAUCUUCAAGAAGAAACCAGGUUGUUUGUGAAUCUGUUCUGUGCAGCAGCAGAGAGAGAACAGCAGACAGGAGAGAAGAUACUGAAGCUGUUAUCAUCAGUCUGCUCAUAUCAAUCAUUCCCUUUAAGAAGCAGAAACACUGAUGAUAAAUAUCAGUGUGAUUUUCUGCUGGAUCUGUACUCCCAGAUGAAGGACUGUGAGACUAAAACAGGCCUGAGUCUCCUUCCAUCCUUGCAGUCAGUUUUCCUGUCAGCUCCUGCAGUCUGGUACAUAAAGCUCUCAGAGAGAAAGACCUCCAUCCUCCUGGAAGUGCUGAAACUCCAAUCAGAGAAGAAACAAGUGGAGCUGACAGACUGCUCACAUGAAGAGAGAGAAGUGAGGAGUUUCCUGCAGUGUCUGCGUUAUAUCUCACAGCUCAGUUUGGUUUGUCAGAGGUCAAAUCUUCAAGAUAAAACCAGGUUGUUUGUGAAUCUGUUCUGUGCAGCAGCAGAGAGAGAACAGCAGACAGGAGAGAAGAUACUGAAGCUGUUAUCAUCAGUCUGCUCAUAUCAAUCAUUCCCUUUAAGAAGCAGAAACACUAAAUAUCAGUGUGAUUUCCUGCUGGAUCUGUACUCCCAGAUGAAGGACUGUGAGACUAAAACAGGCCUGAGUCUCCUUCCAUCCUUGCAGUCAGUUUUCCAGUCAGGUCCUGCAGUCUGGUCCAUAAAGCUCUCAGAGAGAAAGACCUCCAUCCUCCUGGAAGUGCUGAAACUCCAAUCAGAGAAGAAACAAGUGGAGCUGAUAGACUGCUCACAUGAAGAGAGAGAAGUGAGGAGUUUCCUGCAGUGUCUGCCUUAUAUCUCACAGCUCAGUUUGGUUCCUCAGAGGUCAAAUCUUCAAGAAGAAACCAGGUUGUUUGUGAAUCUGUUCUGUGCAGCAGCAGAGAGAGAACAGCAGACAGGAGAGAAGAUACUGAAGCUGUUAUCAUCAGUCUGCUCAUAUCAAUCAUUCUGUCUUGAUAAGAGAUACAUGGAUAAUAAAUGUCAGUGUGAUUUCCUGCUGGAUCUGUACUCCCAGAUGAAGGACUGUGAGACUAAAACAGGCCUGAGUCUCCUUCCAUCCUUGCAGUCAGUUUUCCAGUCAGCUCCUGCAGUCUGGUCCAUAAAGCUCUCAGAGAGAAAGACCUCCAUCCUCCUGGAAGUGCUGAAACUCCAAUUAGAGAAGAAACAAGUGGAGCUGACAGACUGCUCACAUGAAGAGAGAGAAGUGAGGAGUUUCCUGCAGUGUCUGCCUUAUAUCUCAGAGCUCAGUUUGUAUCCUUGGACGUCAGAUCUUCAAGAAGAAACCAGGUUGUUUGUGAAUCUGUUCUGUGCAGCAGCAGAGAGAGAACAGCAGACAGGAGAGAAGAUACUGAAGCUGUUAUCUUCAGUCUGCUCAUAUCAAUCAUUCCCUUCUCAUGAGAGAUACGUGGAUGAUGAUGAUUAUAGUUUAAUUGAAUGUCAGUGUGAUUUCCUGCUGGAUCUGUACUCACAGAUGAAGGACUGUGAGACUAAAACAGGCCUGAGUCUCCUUCCAUCCUUGCAGUCAGUUUUCCAGUCAGGUCCUGCAGUCUGGUCCAUAAAGCUCUCAGAGAGAAAGACCUCCAUCCUCCUGGAAGUGCUGAAACUCCAAUCAGAGAAGAAACAAGUGAAGCUGACAGACUGUUCACAUGAAGAGAGAGAAGUGAGGAGUUUCCUGCAGUGUCUGCCUUAUAUCUCACCGCUCAGUUGUGGUCCAGAGUUCUUCCAGAGUGUGUGUUCCUCCAUCUUUGUGAGAUCCACAGAGGAUUUGCAGCAGCUGGUGUUUCUGCUGCAGCUCCUGGAUUUCCAGCUGCUAUUAACAGGAGAUUUAAGCAGGAAAACCUGCUGCUCUGUGGGGAGACUUCUCCGAGUGUGGGGUUUUAAAGUGGAUCUCACCCUCACACCCAGCAGGAUGUCUGUCAGAGGAGCUGCCCUCCUCUUCAGAUACACAACACAGCUACACAGUCUGAAGCUUUCCAACAACAUGACCUCCGUCCUGCUUCAGUGUGUCAGAAGAGGCAGACUGAUCCUUCCUCUGGCUGUUGAAGAGCUUUAUCUUGUUUCUGAUAAAGUUCCACCAGCAGAGAGAGUCUUGUUGAAGGUUGUCAGCAGUUUGGCUUCCCUGCUGAGAUACUGGACAGUGGGACGAUUGGACCUGACGGAGUCCUGCAUCCCUGCUCAGAGUCUCAUCACACUGCUGCUUCAUGAUGCUCCUCUCACUCUCAGAUUGAGUGAAGACAACAUCCAGCAGCUUCUGGUCCUGCUCCAUGAAAUCCAGGAUGAGAACUUGAGUCUGUCCUUCUUGAGUAAGAUCGGUGGAGACCUGACCUCCUGCUGUCUGAACUGGAAGUUUCUUCAUCAUCUGCUGCAGCUGCCGUCAGCUCAGACCAUCACUGUGAACCUGAAGAAGAACCACUUCUUACAGGAGACAGCUGCACAUCUGCUUCCCUUUCUGGACAGGAUUGUAUUUAAAAGGCCCAGUCCCAGAUUUGUGAGGACGUCCAUCAGAGAGGUCUACAGAGCUCAUGCCAGUCACAUGGUCCCCAGUUUACUGAGGUCACUGGAUCAUGUGAUCAACCUGAACUGCACAGAGCUGGACUCAGUGGACUGUGCUGCUCUGCUCUUCAUCCUCAAACACAGUGACAGAGUCCAACUAAAGCUGCUGGGGACCUUCAUCCCAGCAGAGGAAAUAAAGUCCAUCCUCUGGACCCUGGACAGAGUUACGGAUCUGAGUGUGGACAGGAAUCUGCUGCUGAGGUUCAUCCACUGCUGUGCUGCCUCUGAUGACCACCAGGAGGCAGCAUCAGACCUGCUGAGGACUCUGCAGCACAGGUUAGACCUGUCCUGCUCCUCCUAUGUGGAGCUACCAGAGGAGGGUGGGAUUGAACCUCUGAGUCUGACUGUUGGAGACUGCCAGGCCGUCUGCACCAUCCUGAGACACAUCAGACAAGACACUAAGCUUCACCUGCAAGACUGUGAGGUGGAGGACAGAGGACUGGACCUACUGUUUCCUGUUCUACACAGGGUCCGUCUCAGAGUUAGUAAGACUGUCCUCGUCCAGCUGCUGUCCCUGCUUCCUGUGAACAAUGAGAGGGACACGGUGAGACGAGCAGUGUCCUUGUGUCAAGCCCUGGGAGGAGAGCUGGAUCUGAGCCACACCACACUGGAUCAGAGGCUCUGUGGAGCUCUGGUCCAGAUGCUGGACUCCUGUGAAGAGCUGACAGAACUGGACCUCAGUCACUGUGAGCUCACUGACCAGCUGCUGCUCCAGCUCACCCCACAUCUGCACAAAGUCCACGUCCUGGAUCUGAGCCACAAUAACAUCACUGAUGCUUCCACUGAUGAUUUACUCCAGCUGGUCUCCAUCAAUCCCUCCAUCAACACUGUGCGACUCUUCAGCAACAACAUCGUGAACACGACGUGCUUUAAAAAACACAAGCAGUUUGAAAUGUGGUGAAGUGGACGUCAGUCAGGUGGUCAUGUGACCAUCAGGACGUCUUCUCCUGAUCUUUAGAUGUAAAUAUUGUCUGCAGUGUAGCAGUAACUGUGUGUGAGGUGCUCCGUGGUGGACGAUCACCACUGCUUGAUGAUGAUGACGACCAUGAAAACGGUUCCUGUCUUUAUACCUGAUGAUGAUGAAGAGGACAGUAUAUGUGGAGCAUCCCGUCUUCGUGACACUCGAUUCUUCUUUUAUUCUGGUUUACAUGUUUCAGUGGAAGCAGAACAGAAUGACUCUGAUGACGUCUCAAAGUAACGAUGCAAUGACUGAAAACUCGGGGAAAACAAUGUUUUAUCUUUAACUGUAAGAAAUGAUGAGAAUGAUCUUUAUUAGUUCAUAUACGAGUUUAAUUCAUGCAAAAAAGUCAUGCUGAUUUUCUCUUUACAAGUUUUGUUUCUAUUUUGUAAUUUUACUUUUUAUUGUUUUAUGUGUGAUUAACAAAACAGACGGUACAUCAAUACAUUCUUACGUGUUCGCGUCCAGUGAGAGGUUUACAUAUUAAAUCAUAAUGAAACUAAAGAUAAACUAAUUGAGUUGGAAUUUAAAUGAAUUAGCAACCACAGCAGCAUGUCAGUCAUAUUUUAUAACUCCCAUUGUAGGAGCCAUUAUUUCUAUUCAGUGUUUGGUUCAGGUGGUGUUUGUUUAUGUUUGGAAUGGCACAGGUGACCUAUAGGUCGCACAGUUUUUACCGCUUCUCAAUGUUUUAACGCUUCUGAACGCUUCUUCCACCGCCUUUCACUACCUCCAUCCCUGUCAUAACCUCGGGGCCAUCCAUCCAUCCUGUGCUGUAGACCGCCAUCCUGGACUUCAGAUCGUCAUUCCUUCAUUCAAUAAAUAGGAACACACCCCAAACUUACCUUUCAGUCUGCACAUUGGUUUAAUGAAGCACGUUAUGACCGGGAUCCCCCGCACCCAGAGCGACUAAAAUGAUAGGACCAGGUAGUCGCUACACCCAUCCAGCCACAUGUAUGUCAGGAAGCUGUUCCAGCACCUCUUAAAUCUUUCAUCCUCAUCUCUGAUUCUGGCCAACAUUUGUUCAGAGACCAUUUCUAGCCUAGAAUCCAGUCAUUUCUUGGGUUCUGGAGGGGAUGUAUGUUUUCCAUAAUCUGAGGAAACUCUGGCAGCAGUGAUAACUGCAACAUUUUUACUGUAAGGUCAUAUUUACAUAGAUUUGGUAGCUCUUUAUGAUCCCUAAAAGGCAGAGUCUUGGUGAUUUGGAUACUGUGAUACUCAGGCAUUUUCCAAUAAGAAAUACCACUUUUCCCCGAAAUGGCUGUUCUAGUUUACGUUCCCAAAAUACCUGCAGGAAUUUUCCAGUCUCCAUUAGGCAUUUCUAGCACAGGUUACUGGCCAGAAUAGCCAUCCCACACUGGAAAAAUGAACUAAGGCCGUUGUUCACUUUAUGUUUACAAUUCAUUUUCAGUCAACACGUAAAAGUUUUCUGGGUUAAACUGUUUCUUUUUUCCAGUAAACCUCAUGUAAUUAUGUCUCAUGUUACAGCUGCUUUCUGGAGCGAGCGAAGGUGGCAACCUGUGGCAUCUUUAGUUUCAAAUAGUUUAAAUGUCUUUGUUUUAAUGUUUUGUAUUUUGUAUUUAUUCCAGUUUUUUGCUCUAUGUGAGCCAUUUUAAAGUCAGUUCGUCCUUGUUUCUCAAUACAGGAGCAGAAUAUGGUUUUAUUAUAACUGUUACUUGCUGCAAAGACAGUUCAUUCCUCUUAUUAUUCUUUAUAUACAUUUCAAUCACACCUGUAAUCAUUUCCUUUUAUUAUUCAUUCCUUUAUUCAUUCAUUUAUUAAUUGUAUUCACACUGAUUGUUCCUAUAUUACACGUUUUACAUUUUUCAACAUUUUAUCCAUGUUAUCCAUUUGUGCAUGCAACAUGUUCUGAUUUGAUGCUGUCCUGUAAGUUCAUGGGGAGGACAGAGUGACCCCAUCUCAGGCUUUUGAUAGUGGGUACAGGCUGGUACUCGUGCAUACGAAUGUAGCUUAACUCCUUAAAGAUAGCAUAGGUUGUUUAUGGCACCAGCCUACAGAAUUACACACCCACCUCCAGGUUCUGGGGAAGGGAGGCUCCACUCUGUCCUGGCCUUAUCUGCUCAGGAUGACCUUCAGUGGUAAACAGAAAGGUAUAAAACUUAUGUCUGUCCUUGGCUCCAGCAGAGUCCUCGGCUGACUCGUUCCCAGGUCAGAUGACUGCUCUCCUUGCAAGUAAUUUUGUCUUUGUUCAUUUUGCUUUAAUAAAUUUUGUUAUACUUUUA